AUGUCGUCUCCAUACGCUCCACCAGAUAUACCAUUGCAUAGCGGCCGAAAGAUUAAGGUCGUUUGCAUUGGGGCCGGUGCGUCUGGUCUGCUCCUGGCAUACAAGAUCCAACACAACUUUUACAAGUCCGAUGUAGAGGUUCAGAUCUAUGAGAAAAAUUCUGACCUUGGAGGCACAUGGCUGGAAAACAGGAAGAUAAUUAUCUUAUAUCCAGGUUGCGCGUGUGAUUGUCCAGCACAUACGUACACAUGGUCUUUUGAACCGAAGACCGACUGGAGCCAGACAUUUGCAACAUCCCAAGAGAUUCACAAAUAUUUCACCGACUUUGCUGCAAAGUAUGAGUUGGAAGAUUACAUCAAAUACAGUCAUGCAGUCGUUGGAGCAUCUUGGGAGGAGGCCGUUGGAAAAUGGAGGUUGAAGAUAUGGACGCCAGAGGGCAUUCGACAUGACUCAUGUGAACUUCUGAUCAACGCUUCUGGCAUUCUCAACAACUGGCAAUGGCCACUUAUAUCCGGAAUCGACAAUUUUGCAGGUCCGAAAUUGCAUUCCGCAGCCUGGGAUGAGACGGUGGACUUGACUGGCAAGAACGUCGGCUUGAUUGGCAAUGGUGACGAAGAGAAAGCCGAGUUUCUUAGCUUCCCAGGAAAACAUCUCGAAUACAGGAAAAACAUCGAACACCUUGGGAAUUCCUUCUUUCCACUUUUCCUGCGUGACAGCCCCGCGCAGGAACAAGCCAUGCAACAGUUCUCUCAAGGCAUGAAAGACGAGAUCCCAGAUCCAGUCUUACAAGAGCAGUUGAUCCCAAAAUGGAGCGUCGGAUGCCGACGACUUACUCCUGGAGUGGAUUAUCUCAAGGCCCUCAAAGAUGCCAAAUCCAAGGUUGUCUUUGGUAGGAUAUCCAAGAUUAGUCAUCGUGGACCUGUAAUGCAGGACGGUACUGAGCAUGCCAUCGAUGUCCUGAUCUGUGCUACUGGAUUUGACACUACCUUCAAACCGCGAUUCCCUCUCAAAGGUCCCGGUGGUAUAGAUCUAGCUGAAUCUUGGUCCCAGGAGCCGUCUUCGUACCUUGGGCUAGCAGCUGGCGGCUUCCCCAACUAUUUCAUGUUUCUGGGUCCAAACUCUCCAAUCGGGAAUGGACCAGUGCUUAUUGGUAUCGAAGCGCAGGCAGAUUAUUUCAUGAAAUUUAUCCAGAAGUUCCGAGAAGAGAACAUUAAGUAA